CGCGAAGGAGAAAGUGAGAUGAGUCAUAUUGACGCUUGGCGUGCUUAAUCGAAAAAAACGGAAAAAACCAAAAUUACGGAAAAAAAUGGGAAAAACAAAAUAAAUAUUCAGCUGCCCAAGAAUAUGUAGCUAGUUUGUUCAAAAAGCAAAAACCAUGCCUCGAAAGCUGAGCGCCCCUUUAGGUGGAACAAAGGGGCUUUCCACCUAUUUUCGACUUCAGGAUUAGCAGGUAUUAGCACCUGAAUGAUGUCAACGCAGAACGUAGUCGGGCGCCUAUCCGAGAUCCUCGGAGAGGGCAAGCGGGAAGUCUUCAAACUGUCGCAGGAACAGGAGAAGCACUGUCUCAGCAUCUUCAAGCAGCACGACCGGUUACAAGUAAGGCGAUAUUAUAGAAGACAAUGAUAUUAGAAGACAAUCUGUGUAAGAUUUUCUUGACAAUCUGUGUAAGAUUUUCUUCAAACUUGACCAGGGAGGGUUAGACCUGAAGUACAUGACCAUGGCCAUUAGAAAGUCUGAAUGCAAGACUCUAACUCCAAUGGACUUGCUGGAUCGAGGGGGCUUCCGCGAUGCUUUUCAGGAGCUUCUGGGGUAUUUUCUUCAAAAUUUGGCUAAACAAUUGUUCCUGUUAGGGAUCUGAGUACCAGGAUGAAGAUCAACAGUAAGGUCAGCACUAAGCUCAUGACUACGCUGGUGAAUGCGUGACCUUUAUUAUGAUAACCCUCUCCCAUAUCAUCGCCAGAAAAUUCAUCUUUACUCAUCAGAGCUCGUCCCGACGACGAGGAGCAGGCAUUGUAUUACGGCAGCACUGCGAAAACGGUUUUCGAUACCUGUUCUGCGGAUCAAAAUUAUCUCACCUUAAAAGACUUCCAGCAAAUCUACUGCUUGUUGAAGCGCGACGAACUGUCCAAGGCGACUGAGGUGCGGACUGAGGUUCGUGCGAGGUUGAAUGCUAAGAGGGAUGAACCGAAACGGAAGUAGUAUAAGCUUUUGAUGGUGGUGGUCAUAGUGUCGUAGUUAGUUUUCACUUCAUCUUGUAAGAAUCGCUGUCGCUAUCGAUGAAGAACGUGUAGCAGUGAAUUUUUGGUAUCUACUACGUAGCAGGAUGACAAAGCAGG